GUUGUGGAGGUCUCUGCCUCCACCUGGCGAUGGAUGUAGAGAAAUAAGGAGCAGAGGAGCUUCUGGAUCCGUGUCUGCGCUCCGGUGUAUCUCUCUCUCUCCCCCAUCUCGCCAUGAAUGAAAGCCUCAUCUUCAGGUAUGCCUCCUAACCCUCAACUGCGCUCCAGCGACCGUCAGCAGCAACAACUAUACUACCGGAGCCCACCGAUCUACUCUCCGUCUCUCAUCCUCGGGUGGAUGGAACAAACAAAUUAUAGCCACAGGGAAAUUAGUGCUGUAAUAUAAGUGUGAACUUAAAGGAUUGAGAAGAAGUUAUUAAAAAAAAAACCUCAGCCAUGGCGACAAUAGGAGAUUUCGACCCACUCAACUCCACCGUACCUGCGACAAAGAUUGAAAUCACCGUUUCCUGCAGAAACCUGUUGGACAUGGACACCUUUUCUAAGUCAGAUCCAGUGGUGGUGUUGUACGUUCAAGGCCUUGGGACCAAGGAGUGGAGGGAGUUUGGUCGGACAGAAGUGAUCGAUAACACACUGAACCCCGACUUCGUGAGGAAAUUUGUCCUUGAUUUCUUCUUUGAAGAGAAGCAGAACCUUCGCUUUGAUGUGUACAAUGUGGAUACCAGGAGCUCCAACCUUUCGAAACAUAAGGACUUCCUGGGUCAGAUGUUCUGUACAUUGGGGGAGAUCAUCGGCUCGACUGGCAGCAGACUGGAAAGGACGCUCUCUGGGAUUCCUGGGAAGAAGUGCGGAACCAUCAUCUUCACAGCCGAGGAGCUCAGUAACUGCCGGGACAUAGCCACCAUGCAGUUCUGUGCCAACAAGCUGGACAAAAAGGAUUUCUUUGGCAAGUCUGACCCUUUCCUGGUCUUCUACCGCAGCAACGAGGAUGGGACGUUCACCAUCUGCCACAAGACUGAGGUGAUCAAGAACAAUCUGAACCCUGUUUGGCAGUCGUUUACAAUCCCUGUUCGAGCGCUUUGCAAUGGAGACUAUGACAGGACAGUCAAGGUGGACGUUUACGACUGGGACCGAGACGGGAGUCAUGACUUUAUCGGAGAGUUCACCACCAGCUACAGAGAGCUGUCCAGAGGCCAGAGUCAGUUCAAUGUCUACGAGGUUUUGAAUCCUAAAAAGAAAGGCAAGAAGAAGAAAUACGUCAAUUCAGGGACGGUGACUCUGUUGUCUUUCAAAGUGGAGUCAGAAUACACAUUUGUCGACUUCAUCAGAGGAGGGACACAACUCAAUUUCACAGUGGCCAUAGACUUCACAGCAUCCAACGGUAACCCCUCGCAGCCCACCUCUCUGCACUACAUGAGUCCCUACCAGAUGAAUGCGUACGCCAUGGCGCUGAAGGCUGUGGGGGAGAUCAUCCAGGACUACGACAGUGACAAACUCUUCCCAGCCUACGGCUUUGGAGCCAAACUUCCCCCCGACGGCAAGAUCUCCCAUGCCUUCCCACUGAACUCAAAUAUAGAAAACCCAAACUGUGUGGGGAUCGAAGGUGUACUUGAAUCUUACUUCCAGAGCCUGCGAAGUGUUCAGCUGUACGGCCCAACCAACUUUGCUCCUGUCAUCCAGCAGGUGGCUCGAUGUGCUGAAGAGGUGACUGACGGCUCCCAGUACUUUGUGCUGCUGAUGAUCACAGACGGCGUCAUCUCAGACAUGGCUCAGACCAAAGAGGCUGUGGUCAAUGCAGCGGCCCUGCCCAUGUCCAUCAUCAUAGUAGGAGUGGGCCCUGCUGAAUUUGAUGCUAUGGAGGAGCUGGACGGGGAUGAGGUCAGAGUGUCCUCCAGGGGACGCUUUGCUGAGAGAGACAUCGUCCAGUUUGUUCCUUUCCGGGACUACAUAGACCGAUCAGGGAAUCAGGUAUUGAGCAUGGCGCGGCUGGCCAAGGACGUCCUGGCGGAGAUCCCCGACCAGCUUCUGUCCUUUAUGAAGAGCCGAGGGAUCGAACCUCGGCCCCCCCUGCCCGCCACCUCCAACUCCCCUUUAAUGGGCACCACCAACACAACCACUACUGCUGCCCUUAAGGAACGCAACGUGCAUGCCUGAAAUGAGGGCAGCGACUGGUGCAGUACGGCAGUCGCAUAUUUGAGCAAAGGAAGAUGCGUGUUUGUGUCUGUGUGUGUACGUGUGUGUGUGUGUGUGUUGCAUGGUUUCAGGGUUGAUUGACAGGAACCGAGUCAGGAUUUUGAAAACUGAAAGAUUGUUUCCACAGUAAACUAAAAGGGACACCAGAAGAAAAUACAUUCCUUUAAAAGUGUUAAUGGUGAGGAUUCCUCCAACAGACUGGAAGUGUAGAAAAAUACACUUUGGAUCCUUUUAAUGUUUCUGGCUCUGACUUUUGUCAGCAAUUAUCACUACGCACCCUCUGCAGGUAUAACACACUACUCUGAAAUGACACACAAACUGCAUUUAAAUCGAAGGCUUCAUAUGUGGUUUACCACUUUUUCUUCAGUCAUUAAUUCUAACAUUUCGAAUGACUAACUAAAGCCACUAAGGACUUUUUUUUGCCACAGCUUCUCAUGCAGAAGUCGAGUCUGUUGCUCCUUCCAUCCCAUUUCAGUUUCUGUGACACUGUUCCUGCUGUUGAUAAAGAGUGUCUGCUGAAAUAGAGUAAUAUAUCCUGAAGUAGCUGGGCAAUUUGAUUUCUAUCAGUUUAAAGAAGGACGGCACUGAGGCUGAUGUCCUUUCCUUGUUUGUUUAUUCUCAGGGUAUUUUAAAGGUUCGACAGUAACGCAGGGAUCUGAAAAUAGAGAAGCAGAAAUGAAAUCCUGUCCAGGGCGUGGCAUCUGACUGACAAGGGACACCAGUCCUUUUUUUAUUGCUUCAUGAAAAUGUAUGCUGUAUAUUACUGUGUGCUGAACAUGAAAUUCAAAUAUGUUUUCUCAUAAAGGCUGGUGAACACUCUACAUUUCAAGGUCAACAUUCAGAGACGGAGUGCCUGCGAGUCUUUACUAAUCCCACUUGGACAUGAAGGGAGGCGCUUGCAAGCACCUCCCGAAAACAGGAAAUGCGAGGCUCUGAAAUUUGGGUCGGGAUGGAGAACAUAUUGAAAUAUCCUCCACUCCAGCACCUUCACUUCCUACAGACACUGUACAAUUUAACAAUAUCAGGAGGUACAUAUUAUUUCAGCCCCGGUUGCAAAGCUGAACAUAACAAUGUCUGUGUGCUCUGCUGUCCCCCUCUUCCUCUAAAUUGUAACUCUCUGUGCUGGGGCUAUCAUUUGGAAUGAAUCAUUCAUGAGGUGGGUGCCUCUCGUUCUCGAGCUGUCUGAAGCAUGUACCUGUUUAAAAUGAAUAGAGCUGGUCACUGUGCAGGCCAGAAUAGUUCAUAUGUAGCAGAGAAUGUGUGAAAGCGUAAGGGUCACUUUAACUUUUCUUCAUUUUUUUACUGGAAAAGACACAGAGAAAGAGAGAGUAAAGUUUUGGUAUGUUGUUCUCUGUCAAAGUCUCUCAGGCUGUUGUCAGGGAGUUGUAAUGUGCUGAUUUCUUUUUGAAAUGUAUGCACAGUUUUCCCUCAUCAGUUCUGGAGUUUGAUAUAUAGCUGCAUAUUUCCUGUGGUUAUCAGCCAGGACUCAUCAGAUACAGUGUAAAGAGGC